AGGGAGUAUUAUUCACUUCAUCAAUUCAUUCAAAAUCAAGUAGUAUCUAUUAUUACUCGGUACAAUUUUUUACAUGCAUUAAAAGUUGAAUUAACAUAAACAUGAGGCAUGAUAAUAGUCAUUCAACUUUUGAAACAUCUCAAAUAUUAUACUCCAAGGGUGGCCCGAAGGGUGUGCAAAGUGGCCAACUGCACAGGGCCCCUUAAAAUUUAGGGCACCAUAUUUUUAAAUUUGUUAAUAAUUUUAAAGUAAAAAGUAUUCUAAAAAUAUAAAAUAGGGCACAAAAUGAAAAUUUGGGACCAGGCCAAUUUUAUUUUUUCAUUUUUCGGGACCGGCCUUGUUAUACUCGUAAUAGAUAGUGAAUUGUGAAUGAAGGGAAUACUCCCUAGCUAGCAGCACACAUCAAGAAUUGUGAAAGUGAUGUCAAAAUUAGAAUACCCCAUGCAAUCUUGAUUUCUCCUAGUCCUAAGAAGAAGGGGCGGGCGGUGGUGGCGGCAGCAGAGGCACGAAAUGACGACCGGUACUGAAGCGCGGGGUUGGAGGCGGCGACCCUCCGGCGGCACGCAUCGUCCGAUACUUAACGAGGAUAUCGUCUACGCCGGCCGUUGGUGGGAAGAAAUGGUUAAAGGUUAUUAGUUACUCUAACAAGACCCCCCCCUCAAAGAAAAAAAAAAUAAAUUAAGCCAAAAAUACCAUUCCAUAUAAGUCUUCCUUUUUGUUUGACAAAAAAGGCCAAACAGGAAGAAAAAAAACACUAGUAGUAUAGCUGGCUGUUGUCUAUGAUGGAUUUCAUAGCCCCCCUUCACCAAAUUCACGAUAUUGAUGACUCCGAAUCUGCCGCCGGCGGCGGCACUCCGAACUCAUCUUCGCCCGCCGCAGUCGCGCUCCACCACCAGACGGGCGGCGGCCAGGAGGAGGCGCCGGUUCUGAGCCGGUACGAGAACCAGAAGCGCCGCGACUGGAACACGUUCUGCCAGUACCUCCGCAACCACCGGCCGCCGCUGUCUCUGCCCAUGUGCAGCGGGGCCCACGUGCUGGAGUUCCUCCGGUACUUGGACCAGUUCGGGAAGACUAAGGUCCACAACCACAACUGCCCCUUCUUCGGGAUGCCGAAUCCUCCGGCUCCGUGUCCCUGCCCGCUCAGACAGGCCUGGGGCAGCCUCGACGCGCUCAUCGGACGCCUACGCGCCGCCUACGAGGAGCACGGCGGCAAGCCCGAGUCCAACCCCUUCGGCGCCCGAGCCGUCCGCCUCUUCCUCCGCGACGUCCGCGAUUUCCAGUCCAAGUCUCGAGGGGUCAGCUACGAGAAGAAGCGGAAGAGGCCCGCCUCCGCCGCCGCGGGUAAGCGUAGUUUAGCGGCCGAUCAACUCCCCCCGGCGAGUAAUCCCGCCGCCGCCGUGCCUUUCUAUGUGCACUCCUCUAAUAAUUUACUGCAGUAAAUCUUUUAAAAAAAAUAACUUCGCUUUAUGCAAUUCCUCUUUAAUUACGAGUAUAUUUUUAUUACUCUAGUUCGGAUCCGCCAUCAAUGAUUUUAAAAAUGACAAUCAGGGUUUUGAUUUUUUUUCUUCUGCAGUUUUGCAUGCUCUAUCAAUUUAUAACAAAUUACUGACUAAAAC